AGAGGGUGUGACUGGUGCGCCUGAUUUGGGACCACUGAGGCGGCGUGUGAAGAAAGUGCUCAAAGACGCACAGGACGGCACCAACACACACCCACGCGAUGACACACCCACGGACACACACGCAGCACUCACCUCUCCUGGAGGACAACAGAGCAUAGAGACAUACAUGCAACAACCCCCACACAGCGACCACAGCCCAAACAACACAAACAACACAAACAACACACACGGCGAAGAGAGCUCACACAGUCCUGCGGUAGGCCAAGGGGAAGCCGAUAGGGUUCCUCAAAUAAUAUCAAAGACGACACCUAUUCAAUAUCCGUUGUGUUGUGAGUCCGUUGCCAUGGCAAUGGGCCCAGAGUGGUCUGUAUGUGCACUAGCGAUUAUACCCCAGUCAUACACCAAAGCACUUAAGCACUUGCACCUUUGA